AUGGGCAAAAACCGAACUGGAUGUAAAGUCAAAAAGAUGCUUAUCAAAAAGAAUCCCAAAGAAGUCAAAAAGAAUCCCGAAAUUAGAGAAGAUGAGAUUAACCCAGAUCUACGCAAGUAUUUUGAAAUUAACCAUAAUUUAAGUCCGCCAUAUAAUGUUAUUCUUGAUACUAAUUUCGUUAAUAUGAGUUUACGUCGAAAACUUGAUAUAGAGAAAGAGCUUAUUUCGUGUUUAUUCAGUCGAGUGAAUAUGUUUGUGACUGAUUGUGUUAUUGCUGAGAUGGAAAAGUUGGGUAAAGUUCAUACGUUGGCUCUGAAGGUCUUAAAGAGUGGCCGAUAUAAACGGCUUACUUGUGACCAUCCUGGGAUCUAUGCUGAUAAUUGUUUGAUAGAUCGAGUGGAAAGGCAUCCUUGUUAUGUGAUUGCUACUUGUGAUAAGGAGUUAAAACAAAGACUAAGAAAGAUUCCGGGUGUACCUAUUCUGGCCGUACAUGGAAUGAAGUAUUCAGUAGAGUCCUUACCGGCUACGGGAAUCUUCAAGUUUUAA